GCGACCCCCGGGAGCAGCCGGAACACCGGGACCCCCCCCAGGGACCCCCCCAGGGACCCCCGCGAGCCCCCCCGGGCCCGGCCCGGCUCUGGGGGCCCCCCCGUGAUGGAGGAAGAGGAGGAGGAGGAGGAGGAGGGGGGACAGGAGCCGCGAGCGGCCGCAGCAGCGCGGGGACCCCCCCUUGAACGGGCGGAGCUGGACGCGCUGCGGGAGCAGAUGGACAGGCUCCAGGCCCAGUUCCUGCGCUCGCAGCACCAGAACCGAACCCUGGAGGAGCGGCUGCGGGGGCUGGCCCAGUCCAUGGCGCUGGAAAGAGCCGCCCUGAGCCGCCACGUGGCCGAGGUGCUGCAGAGGGUCCUGGGGACCCCCCCCGCGCCCGGGACCCCCCCCCGGGACACGGUGGCCGCGUGGGGCGGGGCCGAGGAUGAGGAUGAGGAGGGGGGGGAGGGGCCGCUGCUGCCCCCCCCCCGCCUUCAGAGACCCCCCGGGGGGGGCGGGGCCGCUGCCCUGAGCCCCUCCCCCACCCCAAAUCCCUUCCCCCGCCCAUCCCCCACCCCCUCAAUAAAGGAUCGAGACCCCUCCCCCACCCCAUCGUGA